CACACACACACACACACACAGUCAUAUGCUUGCUCACUCACAUCCAUCCUCACUCACACACACAGAUGCAGUAGACUGCUGGACACACCAUGACCUGGACAGGAACUAUGUGGAGUAGAGGAACGUGUAGUCCCUGUGACAACUGAACCAGAGAGGGUUAAAGCGGAGCUCUAUCUUGCUAGUAAUCAAGGAUCUUUGACUGAACACUUCAAGACUUCUGCCUCCGGAACCAGAACAAUUGGGCUUCCAGAACCAGAAUCACUGGGCUUCCAGAACCAUCAGGCUUCCAGAACCAGAACCAUCAGGCUUCCAGAACCAGAACCAUUAGGUUUCCUCAGCUUCUUGAGGAUGAGCAGCACCUGAUUGGCAGCCAGGGGAUACUCUCUUGUGGCCUUGUCCAGUGUUGACUGCAGUCUAUGGUGUUGACCCUCACAGCGGCGCGGCCAGAGCGGACUACUCUAUCGGGCACCAUGAGUCUGAAGAAGAGACGGCCGAGCGUGGCAUUCAGCUGGCACAAGCCCUUUGCCAUCCUGGCCCCAUGGAAAAAAGGAAAAGGCGACGCGCUGUUGGACAGUGAGGUUGUGCUCACCAAGAUGAAGGUCCUCAACAACUUUGAGAAACUGCUCAGCCUGGACGACUCGGUUUCGACCCUCUCCUUGUCCGUCUCCGAGCACGGGAUGCCCGAGUUGUCAAAAGCUGCAGAGGUGAGCUCUGUAAAGAGCGCCCCUACUGGUCAGGAGUCCAAAGACGACUACCUGUCGGCCAUGUUCUCCGACCCCCAGCUGCCGAGGCUCUAUAAGUUCGAGUCGGAGGACUCGGGCGUGGAGAUGCCCAGCGGAGCCACCUCUCCGUCCACCCCGAGCGGCUCGGAGCAGAGCUUUGUGGUGCACAGCAGGGAGUCGUCCUGCGACUCCAGAGCCCUGCCCUCCCAGGACCCUCUCCUGCUGCUGGGGGACGAGUGUGCUGAGAUGCUGGAGAUGAGCGAUGUCCAUCAGCUGGACGAGACGGUGAUCGCCGGCGCGCUGGAGACGGACCUCACCGAGGUGGACGGCCUGGCGGAGGGAGAGGACACUGAGGGCCAGUUCGAGCAGGAGACGUCAGACUCAGAUCUGGAGAGGCCCGAAGACGGGUCCUUGCGGAACCCCUCGGAGCUUUGUGAGGGGGAGUCCGAGCAGCAGAGGGAAAGAGGAUCAGAAAGGCCAGCAGGAGAGGACGACACGCGGUCAAGGACUGAGUGCCCAGAUCAGGCGUGUGACGACGCAGCGACGGAGGCGGAGUUUAAGGGUGCGGCUCUCAGGAAGAGCACCACCAGCGACAGCCUGGACGAAUACAUGGAGGAGUGCUGCCGGCUGAGCGAGCAGGUGAGCCAGUCGCGGGCUAGUCCUCUGGGCUCUGGACUGGGCUACCUGGAGCACAUCUGCCAGCUGAUCGAGAAGAUCGGCCAGCUGCAGGAGCACAACCUCAAGCUCCAGAGACAGAUCUGCGGCCUGCAGAGGGACGCACGUGUCAUCAAAACCAAAGAGGACUUCUUCAUGCAACACUGUAACUGCGGAGCAGCAAGCCUGGCGUUCCAGGAGGUGAAGCGACAUUCCCGAAGCGAUUUUCCAAGCGGGACACUCUCUGACCUGACCACCAUCCCUGAGGUCACACACAACCCCCUGAGAGGAGUUAGAAGAGAUGGAGACUCUGUGAUCUUACCCAACAUUCCGCUCUGGAGGCGUGGCCUAAAUAGGCGGAGCUACACGGAGGGGGAGGCCCGUUACCUGGGCGACAGUGCAGAGGUCCUGUCCGCGCCUCACAGAAGGCUCAGUGAGAACUACACAUGGGGGAAGGUGAAGGAGUUGGUCAAGAAGACUAAGCUGAGGAACCAGAACCGUCUGGGCCUAUCUUCCACUUCCCUCAAGAACUCCUGUCCCCAGCUCUACCGGCCUGACCUAGGGCCCCUGGACCUGCCCAGGAGAGACAGGAAUUCCAUGAUAGCCCUGGGCCAUCAGAACAAGAUGGACUUCCUGUGGGCGCAGUAGUGCCGCUCAGAGAUGUCUACAGCGGACAGAGAAUAGCCCCCUCCCACACACACACACACACACCACCCUGCCCCGACCCCCCAACACACACACCACCCUGCCCCCACCCCCC